AUGGAGAGUGUCGAAAUCGAUGAUGGUAUGACGAUGGACAAGCUGCUUACCGUAUUAAGGGAAACAAAAUGGUUUGAAAAACUAAACAGCCAAAAAAAAAUCUAUAGCCUACUGGGACUAAUUCUGGUUGCAUCCGUACUAAUUGCCACAGCUGUUGGCGUAUCAGCUGGGGAAAAAUAUGUUGUCGCUAUCUUAGGGCCAGUGUUGGCAUUUUUGCUGGUCUCAUGGCUCUGUUCGUUGCAGCAUCUAGGACCUUCGGAUAUGAAAUUGACCAAAUAUCAAAUUUUGGCGGCUGUAACUGUUGUUUUGGUGGUGAUCGGACUCGUGGCAUUAGUGAGUAUAUGCGGUCUCACGAUCAGCGCCGUGACGAGCAAGACAGACGAUAAGCUAUCACCGUACGCAGUGGGAACCGUCGCAUUCGUUGUAUAUUCCUGGUACGCAGCACAAACGCAUCCGUGUACGAUGCUCUUUGAAUACAUCUUUGGUGUUGCGGCUGUGCUCCUGUUAUCAGGUUGCGUCGGCCUCUCAGUUCUCCAUUUCACAUAUGAGAAUCACGUGCAAAAAUCUUCUGCUAUCGUGGCACCCGGAACACUGGCCGCAAUUAACGUCAUCCUGCUAGUCGCCGUUCUCUACUUCGCGCACUGUAUAGGGUUGUUGGAUAUCACCUUCUUCAAGAAAUACAGGGGUUUAACUUUGGGGUCGUGUACAGCCGCGUUUGCACUUAUAGGUGUGGUUGUCGUGGUGAAAAAUGUGUAUAAAUGCGAUGACGAAGGUUUCGAGACAUACUUCUUCACUAUUUUAAUCGGCAUGGCUGUCUUUGUAGCUGCGGCUUACUAA